ACCCGGCCAGAGCACUUGCACAGAGUGUACAAGAUAAGAUAAAUGGCCCGAAAAUAAAAUUACACCCGGUCGAUGCGCAUUCCGGUAAACGUUCGAACGGCUUGUCCAGGUUCGACUGCUUGUUAGUCGAGUGAAAAUUCGCGCCCGAAAAACGUGCUCAUUCAAUUGUUUCCCGGUGAGGAACGAAAACUUUCGGUGAAUAUCAAUUAGAUUACGGAUUACAAUGAAGAGCCUCUUGUCGGUGAUCGCCCUGGCGGGUUUGGUGGCAUCCGUGAGCGCAAAUUUCUGCUUCGUUUGUUCUACCCGAGAUGACACCGCUUGUCUGAAUCCAGAAGGAACUUUGCUGAUGCGAGAUUGUGUCGGUGAAAAUAACAAUACUUGCUUCACUCGGAUAGUCAACCGUGAAGUCGAGCGAGGCUGUUUGGCGACAUUGACUGUUGCGGACAUGUCUAGCUGCAACACUGAUACCGUUUGUGAACUCUGUCAUGACGUAUCAAAUCAGGGCCGAUGCAACGGUGCGAUCUUCCCGGAGCAUAGACUGCAGUGUCAUCAGUGUUCGGGAACAACCAACGAUACCUGUGGACAAGAAAUCACAUCACCUGCCCGACUGUGCCGAUUCUUCGAUGUACAGGAUCAGUGCUUCGUGCGCGUUGUUGGGGAUCGUGUUGAACGUGGGUGCCUGUCGGAGAGCGAUGCAUGCCGUACUGAGCAACAAAACUGCCACCUCUGCGAUGGGCAUGGAUGCAACUUCAGACACUACGAUGACGCUGCCAUGAGCAUUAUGGUAUCGGUUAAGACACUUGCCAUGGCUCUACUAGCGGCAGUGGCCUACGGUAGCUUCAGACAGUAAAAGUUAGCAUGAUGACAGUUUUCAUUAUACAUUCAUGAGAGGCUUGCAUUUGAAUAGUGUAGAUAUUUAUGAUACAACGCGAGUUAAAACCAUAGUUAUGCAGGAAAGCGCAACUAUACUAUAGAUUUUGUGAGAUUGCACAUUCGACAUAAAACCAUUGAUUUCCAUUUAUAAAUUUCGAUAAUAAACGUUUUAGGCAUCAAUUGCUUAA